UGUCAGUCGCUUGCGCAGUGUGGCUGAGUUAAUUCUCUCUGCACUAUACUCAGUCAGCUAGCCCAGCCAGUGCGAGAAAGUCACCUCACCUGGCUCACCUUCAAACAAAUUAAAUUGAAACAAUUUACAUCUACCUCUAUUUAAAAGAAAAUAUAUUUUGCUUAAUAUAAUUAACUAUUUAUUAUUAAUUUAAGAAACUAAUUUAUUUUAUUUUAUUAAAUAAAUUGUUAUUUACUUUUUAAUUUUGUGCACAUUUGUAAACAAAUAAGGAUGGUGCAUAAAUUAAACGUUGAAGAUAUAACUCCAGUUGGCACCAGUCGUCUGAGAUGUGUUCUGUCGCAGGUCAUAGCAUGUAUGUCUCCAAAUUUUCUGCUGUUGGACAUUGGGAUGGCAAUCAGCUUUGCAACCAUCGCGCUGCCGGAUCUACUCAACUCUGAUAAUGAUCUCUUUCUAACUGAAACUCAGGCUUCUUGGUUUGGAAGCCUCUCAUACCUUACACAGCCACUCGGUGCGAUAGUAUCAGGUCCUAUCGUGGACUACUUCGGGAGGAAGAAAGCAAAUUUCUUGGUGAACAUACCUCACCUGAUAGCCUGGACAUUGUUGUACUACGCGUGGAACGUUCCCUCGUUGUUCAUAGCCAAUGCUCUGCUGGGCCUCGGGACAGGAAUCAUGGAGGCACCUAUCAACUCCUAUGUCGGUGAAAUAAGUGAACCUUCAACCCGAGGGGCGCUUUGCACGUUGACCCAGCUGUUCACGUCCAUAGGAGUAUUCGUCAUGUACUUCCUGGGCACUGUGACCACAUGGCGGGUCGCCGCGCUCAGCUGCCUCGUCGCACCCCUCGGCUCCAUGAUCUUAUGUCUUCUGGUCCCAGAAACACCAGUGUGGCUGUUAUCCCGAGGCAAAGAAAAAGAUGCUCUCAAAGCACUAUGCUACCUCCGAGGGUGGACCACGGCUGACCAGGUUCGGGAGGAGUAUGAUGCCCUCCGUGACUACACUAGGAAGCUAGAACUCUGUGUCAUUUGCACCAGUACUCAAGAAACACAAGAGUGUCCUCACAACGAAAUGAACAUGUUCAAAAGGUGGCUACUAAGGUUUAGAUACAUCAUGUUGUGUAAAGAAACCCUAAGGCCGUGGACUCUUAUAAUAAUGUAUUUCACUUUCUACGUGAUGAGCGGCCUGACGCCCAUCCGGCCUAAUAUGGUGAACGUCUGCUCGGCGUUUGGUAUGGCUGAUGACGGGAAAAACAUCGUUUUGAUGGUGGGAAUGAUAACGUUGUUAAUGAGCGUUCUUGUUGUUGGGUUGAUUAAAAUCGUCGGCAAACGGAAACUUGCCAUCACGGCUCUGCUGAGCACCGCUAUCUCAUCUAUGGCACUCAGCAUAUACGCCAGACACAACCUUGACGACUCCGUGUUUACCUAUGACGUCACCACGUUCCCUACAGAGACAAGCUACGUCCCACUAGUCUUAUUCUACUUGAUGGCAGUCUUCACUGGACUGGGAAUACCUUGGGUGCUGCUUGGAGAAGUGUUUCCAUUCCAGAGCCGAGCAUUAGCACAAGGUUUCGCUGCUGCCGGCAACUAUGUCAUAAUGUUCAUCGGAUCAAAAACAUUCAUAAACCUAGAAUCCGCCUUGCAACUGUGGGGCACAUUCGCCGUGUACGCUGCCUUCGGUUUCAUUGGGACAGUGUACUUAUAUUUCUUCCUACCAGAGACUGAAGGGAAAACUCUCCAAGAGAUAGAAUCAUACUACAACGGAGAACUGAGGACAUUCGCUGACGAUCCAGUCAUUAACUAUUUCAAGAGGUUUAAGAAAAAAGUGUAAUUACUUCUUUUUUUUAAUAAAGUGAGACUUACAUAAGUUUAAGACUA